AAACGCUGCCCACAGCAAGAGGCUGAUGGGGAUUGGAGUCUCCGUGUUGGGCUUCGUCUUCCUGGCGCUGGGGCUCGGCUUCUACCUGUGCAGGAAGGUGAGGGGGGGUCCCGGGGGUUGUGUUGUCUCUCCCACAGAGCGUGUGUACUCCCCUCGGGGCCCCCCAAGCCCGGUGUCAUCCCCUUUUCUCUGCCCACACAGCUCCUGAAGCAGGGGCAAAAGGUUCUGGAGGAUAUAAAGUCAACAAUUCCCAUUGUCAUUCUGUAUCCUGUUGGAUUUUCAUUCCCCUGUGUUCAUCCAGGUGCCCACAGGGAGCCAGGAAGAUGUGGAGCCUCCCAGCCAGGUGUCUUCCCAACACCGAUCACCAGGACCACGGAUCACCAGGGCUCUGCCCAACGGGGGUCACUGGGGAUCAUCCAACGCCGAUCCUCCCAUGGGGGAUGGAGCUGGAGCAGCGCACGAAGCUCUUCCUGCACUCGGGUACCAAGAGAACAAUACCUGCUCUCCCUGGGCUGGGUUUGCAACCCCUCCGCAUGCAGGAUCUCCAGGGCUUUUCCUCCUCCUCCUCCAUCUGGCCAUGGCUUGGGAAUGACAAAUCCUGCUUUGGGGGAACACAGGGCACCAAAGCAGCAUCAGCUCCUCCUCUGGCUCCCUCUGCUUGCAAAGAGGAGGCCAAAGAGGAGGAAGAGAGCAGUGAACUUCCCGCUGUUCUGGGAGACGAGGGCGAACACCCCGCGGUUUGGGAAUACAACGGCGAGGCUCCCGCGGUGUGUGACAAGGACAGUGGACAUCUCCCAGUGUGGGAUGAGGACGGUGGAUGUCCCCUGGUGUGGGAUGAGAAUGGCCGAGCUCCCAUGGCAUGUGACGAGGAUGACGGCAAUCUCCCAGUGUGGGAUGAGGACAGAGAACGUCCUGUGUCUUGGAAAGAGGAGGGAGAACAUCUUCCAGCAUGGGAAGCAGACAGAGAACCUGCAGAGUUUUGGGAAGAGGACAGGGAACCUGCAGUGCUUUGGGAAGAGGAUGAGGAACCUCCCUCUGCUCCUGAAGAGGACACUGAAGCUCCCUGUGCUGCAGGAUCCUGGGCUGAACAUUCUGACAGCAGCACAGCCCUGCAGCCAGAGGGGAGCGGGGAGUGGAGCCUGAUGCAGCUGAGUACGUCUGCUCUGUUCCUGUGUGCCAGAGCAGGGUGCUGGAACACCGUGAGCGUGGGGGAGCCUGCCGAGAAAUACCUGGAACUGGAGCAGAUUGGCCAAGGGGCUUUUGGAACCGUUUCCAAAGGACUCGACAGGGCCACUGGAGGAGAGGUGGCCAUCAAGAAAAUGAGUCUCAGAGGGCAGAACAGGGAACGAGCUGUGAAUGAGGUCGUGGUCCUGAAGGACAAGAAGAACCCCAACAUUGUCAAUUCUUUGGACAGCUUCCUUGUUGAUGGAGAUCUCUGGCUGGUGAUGGAAUACAUGGAUGGAGGAACUUUGCAGGAUGUUGUCAGACGGACACGCAUGGCUGAAGGAGAGAUGGCAGCUGUCAGUCAGGAGUGUCUGCAGGGCCUGGAUUUCCUCCAUUCCAUCCGGGUGAUCCACCGAGAUCUGAAGAGCUCCAACAUCCUUCUGGGAAUGGACGGCUCUGUCAAGCUGGCUGAUUUUGGCCUCUGUGCUCAGCUCAGCCCUGAGCAGGACCAGUGCAGCUCCAUGGUGGGCACUGCUCACUGGAUGGCCCCAGAAGUUGUGACCAGUUCUCCUUACGGCCCCAAGGUGGACAUCUGGUCCUUUGGCAUUGUGACCAUCGAGAUGGUGGAAGGAGAACCUCCUUACUUCCAGCAAACGGGGGCCAUGGCUCGCGCUCUGAUCCGGCAGAACGGGACCCCGCAGCUGCAGGAGCCCAGGCGCCUGUCGGCUCUGCUGCGGGACUUCCUCGAGUGCAGCCUGGAGCCGGACGAGGAGCGGCGCUACUCUGCCCAGGAGCUGCUGCAGCACCCAUUUUUGUCAUCAGCCAAGCCUCUCUCCAGCCUGACCCCUCUGAUCACUGCAGCAAAGCAACUGAGGGAGCAGCGGAGGAGGAGAUGAAGCCCUUGACGAGAG